GUGAAAUCAUUUCGAAUUCGUACAGCCCGCCCCUAAAUCAAUGUCUCUUACAGUCGGAGUUCAAAAACCCUAGAAAUAUGCUUCUGAUCAUCUCCCAACAAAAUUUCGAACGUUAAUCUUUAAGUCGCAGAUUUCCCUCAAAAUGUCCUCUUUCAGGUCAUCUUCUCGUUACAGUUCUUUCAACAAUCGAUCUUCCACUCAAUCCGAUCCAUCCUCCUCUACCGAGCUCAACAACCUCCACCUCAACCAAACCAAAAAUCGUCGCCAGUCUCCUGAUGUCUCUUUCGCCCUUGCUAAAUCCAAAUCCACCAAGAACGACCAGAAUUUGACUGCCAUGGUUAAAAAAUUCAUGGAGAAGAGGUCUUCAUCGUCAACAAAGGUCAAAGGAAGGGAGUUUGUGGUGGCUGCGGAUGUUACUACUUUCAUUGCCGAGGAUUUCAAGAAGAAGACGACGAUGAGUGCGAGGAGAGGUGGGGCGACGGGUUUGGGAGGGUUGCAUAAGAAGUUGUUUGGUAGCAAAGGGAAAGGCGAUGAGAGUGAGGGGAAGAAGAAGGCAUUGACGGAGGUGAAGCCAAAUGCUAGGACUUUGGCGAUGGUGCUGAGAAGUGAGAGGGAGCUGUUGAGUCAGAACAAGGACCAGGAGACGGAGAUAAUUGAGCUUAAGCUGAUGCUUGAGGAGAAAAACAGAGAGGUUGACAAACUGAAAGAUUUAUGUUUGAAACAAAGAGAGGAGAUCAAAGCAUUGAAGAGUGCCAUUCUGUUCCCAGAUGUUAUGAGCACUCAGCUCCAAGGACUUUUAAACCAACAAGAUUCCGAACUAAAACAUGCAAAACAAAUCAUCCCUACUCUCCAAAGACAGGUCACUUCUCUCACUGGUCAGCUUCAAUGCCUUGCUGAAGAUCUUGCAGAGGUGAAAGCCGACAAAUAUUCAGUCACAGCAGCUUGCUAUGACAGUCUUGUAUCUUCUCCAAGAACACCAACACAUGAGCAAGAAGAAGCAACCAAUUCUCUGGAAUUCAGCUCUGGGAGUCCAGAUGAUAUGUUCAUAAAUGAUCUAAACCCAUGUUUAACACCUUAUUCCAAGACCAAAUCUAAGGAGUUUGAAACCACCAUUGAAAAUCAUGCAAGAAGGUUUCCUGAGCUUGGGUUUGGUUCUCAUGGUGGAAAACUGUCAAAAAGUUCAAAUCAGGAAUAUGUUGUAAACUCUGGCAAUUCAAGGAAGAUUCUUGGUCGUAGAUCAGAUGAAAACAAAUAUUCAUAUGGUAAGCAUAUUUACUGUUAAUUAAAUCUAUCAAGAGAAAUAGUUUUCAUUUGACUUGAAUGUUCAUCCUGUUUUUGCAUGUUGUUGUCAACUCAUGUUCUAUAGUAAUGCUAUAAAAUAAACUUGUUCAAUAA